AUGGAGGCGGUCCUUGCAUCCUCCCAACUUGGGGCACAGCUGCUCGGUCUCAUCCACAAUGCAAUCACGUUCUGUCAAGACAUGAAGAAUGCUGCAAAGAAUGGAUCCGAAUUAAAUAAAGAAAUCGAUCAGUUCUCUGCGGUUCUUAAUCUUGGACGUACGAGCAUUGAAACUUUCUUCAAGACACUCUCAGAGGAGGAAAGGGAACAAAUUCUUGUGGACAUAAAUUUCGAUGCUCUACGAAAUGCCAUACUUGCGAAUUCCAAACUUGCCAAAGACAUCUUGGCUCAGUGCGAAGGGGAUAAGAUUUAUGGCAAAGUUCGAUUCGUUCUCAAAAAGGACGCGCUUCAAGACAAUCUGCUGAAGAUAAGCCGGAGCACGAAUCUUUACACAACAGCCUUGAUUACCAUUCUGAUACGUGCCAUGGCGAUUAACAAUAAUGCACUCUCACCCAAUGAAACAGCCUUCGAAACCUGCCUCGAAAACACGCCAUCAACCCAGGAACCGGGAGGCCAAGUUGGCCAGGAUCAGGCCUUAUUGCAGACACCGCCAAAUACAACAAGCAAAAAAGCUGCUGAAAUCAUGGAAGCAGACUUUGGGGAUAAAUUGCAAAUGGGCGAUGCAGCCCAUGAAUCCCAUGAGUCCGAAACUAGUCAGACAACUUGCACUAUAUCCCUAUCCCCGGAUCAAAACAUCCCAGUCAUCGACCGGCAAGAUCCUCCUGAAUUACUUCACAUGUUGCAAGACACGGAAACAAAAUGUGUUUGCCAGAGGUUUGGUCGUAUUGAAGAUUCGUUGGGUAAUGGCACAUCCAUGGCUAGUGCAACGAAUGAUACAUCGCCCUGGAUCUUCCUCUUCUUUCAGCGCUGGGACGGAUGGGUGCAACUGGUCUUGUUCCCCAAAGAUUACAAAAGCAAGCUGAUUGCAUUGGAUACGAUUGCUAAAGCAGUUGAAAAGUCACCUCUGAGUUGCAUACUAACUCUGAAAGACAAGGAAGGCACCUACAACCAGCGUGGGAGUCUUCUGAGAUUAUUUUUCAUCCAGGUUUUGGGAGAUGGUAACCCAUGCCUGGUCGAGCGACGCUUGGACCUGACUGACGGACCACCAUUCAAGUGGGACUGCGGCAAUCUAGAAGAUAAAGAUGCAAUUCGCAUUCCGACAAAUAUUUUCCAGCAUUACUGUCUCAACGGUGUCCUCCACCUUACAUAUGUCAGCGCGAAUGGAGAACUACUUAUCGUUAGCGAGGAUGAUGACGGCGAUUGGUGGUCAAUACGGAAACCGGACAUAUUCAUUGCGCCAGAAGAGCCAUUGUUCAUCAAUUCAUACCGGGAACGGACAGGAAAUUUUCUUUGGGGCCCAUCCUUGCGAACGGUUGUUUUGCUUCAUUCAAUAGGCGGAGAGACUAUAACCAGGUACGAAGUACGAGGUUGGUUGGAUGACAUGUCAAACGAGCUUCGGGUAAAGAAGUCUCAAAUCCCUGUGAACUGGCAUGGGCUAGCCUUCAGUCAGUCACCAACUUCAUGGAUACCAUUAUUCGAUCGGCAGGUUGAGAAAGAAGAGGGCACGGAGGAAAUGAUUGGGUUCUAUUGCAAGACACCCGAUGAUAAGGUGUUCUAUUUCAAGGGCCACUACGAGAAGGAGCUCCAAUCACCGGAGCUUGUUUGCUCAGUGAAACCAGGAUCAGAGAUCCACCUUUUAUCUGGAUGUCUCGACCUUCUUUAUAUCUCUCCUGAGAACAAGUUCAGAAUUUCCACAAGGAAAGUGGACACAAGUGGGGAACUAUACCAUGAGAGUACCGGCCUCAGCCAUCCCUCCAACUACUUCAUGACGGAACUGGACAAGUUGGUGGCCGCAAGGCCUCUAGAUGAGUACAUCCCGCCUCGAGAGAAGAUAGUGGUGUUGCGAGAGAACUAG